AUGCAUACGGCUACCGAUGACAACAGCCCUAGUGCUCGUAGCCUUGGUUCCUCCACCACCACCGAUCGGUUGAAGCAUAGUUCAAGCUCAAGAAGCGAAUCUCCGACAUGGGCCACCGCCAACUUAAACCGCUCCUUCUCAUUAUCCCACCAUGCUCCACCACCCACCACCACCACCACCAAGGACGCCAUACGCCGGUUGGUCAAGGCUAGUGCCGCCACACUCAGCCUUGAUGAACUGAGAUUCGUACAAAGGCUAGGCAGUGGGGAUAUCGGAAGUGUGUACUUGGUGGAGUUAAAGUGCGCAGAGGGAUUCAUGAUGGCGGCCAAGGUGAUGGAUAAAGAAGAGUUGAUGAAACGAGAUAAAGAGAGUAGAGCAAAGAUAGAAUUGGAAAUCCUGCAAAUGUUGGAUCACCCAUUUCUGCCAUCACUUUAUGCCAGCUUGGAAGUUGAUCGGUUUUCUUGCUUGUUGACGGAAUUCUGUCCCGGCGGCGAUCUGCAUAUUCUCCGUCAACGACAACCGGAGAGGAGGUUUGAUGAAGCCGCCGUCCGGUUUUAUGCAUCAGAAGUGGUGGUUGCCCUAGAAUACCUUCACAUGAUGGGCAUAAUCUAUCGAGAUCUAAAGCCCGAAAACGUUCUCGUAAGAUCAGAUGGUCACAUAAUGCUCACCGACUUCGAUUUAUGCCUAAAAUGCGACGAUUCCACGAGCCCUAAACUCGUUCAUGGUCAAGACCUGAGCAUAACCAGCCCAUCAACCUUAUGCAUCAACGGUUCACGGUCCACAUGCAUCAUUCCCAGAUUCGCCAUGCCAAAACUCUCCUGCUUCCGUCCCAAACGGAAACGAAUACCACGGUCCAAUACCCACCGAACCUUCGACAUAAUGGCUGAACCAAUUGAGGCUCGGUCAAUGUCCUUUGUCGGUACCCACGAGUAUUUGGCACCGGAGGUUGUCUCCGGCGAAGGACAUGGGAAUGCAGUAGAUUGGUGGACUUUAGGGAUAUUUGUUUACGAGCUGUUUUAUGGGGUGACACCAUUUAGGGGAGAUGAUAAUGAAUUCACGCUGACGAGCAUUUUGGCUCGAGGGCUUCAAUUUCCUACAGAACCAGUAUCAUCGACGGCUAUGAAGGAUUUGAUCACGAAGCUACUGAUCAAAGAGCCCGCAAAGCGAAUGGGGUCCAUGAAGGGUGCACCAUCGAUCAAGCACCAUCCGUUCUUCGAUGAGGUAAAUUGGGCACUUUUACGUGGGGCUUCACCGCCUUAUGUGCCAAAACCCGUAUCUUUUCGUGAUUUUGGUGCACAAAAUGAUCGUUCUGAAGAUCAUAUAGACUAUUAUUAG